CAAUUUACACUUCUCCACAUGAUUCUUUUUCGAAAAAAUGUCACUUCAUUUUUUUUCAAUGAAGAAUUCGGUUAGCUAGCAUAGAUAAAAAAUAUUAAUCGAUAGUAAUGAUGAAUAAAAAUAUGAGUUCACCGUCUAAACUCACGGAGUUUGCUCCACUUAGUCCGGAGGAAAGUCAACCUGUUGUCGCUUCUAUUUUCUCGAAAAUCUUUAAUUUCACCAAAAGUACAGUACAAGUUGAUGAUAGUGCUACGUCUCCGAAUAAUGACGAACAUAGUUCCUCUGGUGACUCUGAGUCUUGGAAGCAGUCUGAAAGUGCAGAAAAAACACCUGAAGAUGACAGUUCUAGUAUAAUGAAUUUUUCCCUGGACACCAAUGAGGGACGUAGUUUACCCAACGUUUUAAAGCGAAUCAGCAAUAUCGUUGCUUUAAAAAGCAGCAACCUUCAGUCUUAUAAAGACUCUCAAUUACGAAGUUAUUGGAUGCCCGACAGUGUUAGUAAGCAAUGUUACGAAUGCGGAGAAAGAUUCACAACUUUCAGAAGACGACAUCAUUGUCGAGUCUGUGGCCAAAUAUUUUGUUCAAAGUGCUGCUGCGAUGAAAUUCCUGGGAAAAUUAUGGGUUGUACUGGUGAUUUGAGGGUUUGCACCUACUGUUGUAAAGUAGUACUUUCUUAUUUACAAUCUUCUGACAUGAGGAGCGAUCUUUCGGCUGACUUGAAGGCCCUUCAGGAAGAUCUUGAAGUUAAGUAUGGAAAGGAUUCUCUGAAUGUAUCCCAGAAAUGUGCAAAUGACGUUGUUGAAAGUGAAGUUGUAUCUAGAAAACCGAGUGUUGGAUACAUGGAGGAAAAAUACGCCAUUGGCCGCUCUUCAACUUAUUUAACUUCACAAGAACGCUCACGCGCUUUAAGAAAUUCUGCUUCCCUGCGAUUGAUAUAUGAGGAACUUUUUCGAUCAAAUCGUGCAAUUAUUCUUCAAACUCACAGGAUAAGAUUAAAAAGUUAUUAUAACUGUUUUCUGGGAAACGAGUUGGUCAGUUGGAUGGUUGCACAAAAUAAGGCGGCGACCAGGAUACAAGCUACUGCGAUUGGCCAAGCACUUCUCGAGGCAGGUUACAUCGAGCCAGUUUUAACAGACGGUUUUAGUGAUACCGCGUCAAUUUUCAAACCUAUAAAGUUACCUCGCAUGCAAGCAACUGAUUUUCUAACCGAAAGUCAAACAUCUUGUGAUGCUCAAGAGCCAGCUUGGGUGAAAACAAUUCCUCAACACGAUUCAACAACUGAUUCUGAAAGUGAAUCAAAACAACCUGAACCACCUCAGAUUUAUGCUCGUCUACCUUCAUCCAGUUCAAGCUUUUAUCUUGAUUUAAACUUAGAGGCUUCUACGGUCACUUUGAAGAGGCCAACGUCAGAAGAUUUAACAGCUAUUUCUAUAGAGAGUGGUGACGGGAUUAUCGAAAGAAAGGAAGUUAAUAUCAAGGCACUGGAGUGUAGUUCAAAAGUUACUGAAGAAGUUUUUAAUGAUACUCUUCAGGUUCAGGAGCCAAAGGAAAGAAACGGAUGGCACAGAGUGACCAAUCUUAGAAGCGCUUUUGGAGAACUGAGUGCGUACAAUUGCUUGAUGUCUCAAUACAAACAACACGAAGACUCGCUGCUCAAGCAGCUUCUCAACAAAGAAGGACUCUCACAAAACUGGUCCGACACCAUUUUAAAAAUCGCUCACCAAGUAGUCGAUUACGUGAGACCCGACCUGAAUCAUGACGCAGAUGAUUUAGACAUCAGGCAGUACGUUCAGAUAAAAAAAUCCCCCGGUGGGAGUAGAAACGAGUGCGAAAUCGUCUCUGGAGUCGUAUGCAGUAAAAAUGUCGCUCAUCGCGGAAUGAACGCAAUGAUUGCCAACCCGAAAAUUCUUUUGCUUGGCUGUGGUCUCAUGUAUCAACGAGUAGAAGGAAAACUUUUAAGCCUGGAGCCUGUGAUGCUUCAGGAAAAUGAUUAUCUCGGCCACACUGUCGCUCGAAUUACUGCUCUAGGUCCAGACGUAGUGCUGGUGCAUCGAUCAGUUUCGCGACUUGCACAGGACAGACUCCGAGAAUGUGGAGUGACCUUAGUUUUAAAUGUGAAAUUGAGCGUUCUCGAAAGAGUUGCUCGUUGCACUGGUGCCAAUAUCGUCGAUACAAUCGACGCUCACAUUUCUGUGAGAUAUAAGCUCGGCACUUGCAAAAAGUUUUAUUUGAGAAACUUCCCAAGCGAGAAGUAUGGAGUGAAAACCCUGAUGUAUUUUGAAGGAUGUGCGAAUCCUCACCUCGGUUUCACAAUUCUUCUUCGUGGUGGGUCACAGAAUGAAUUGAAGCGAGUUAAGAAUGUCACUUCCAUGAUGAUUUUCUCAGUUUAUUCCUGGCGGUUAGAAAAAUCCUUUCUCAUGGACGAAUUUGCCAGACCGCCUCCGCCGAAAGACAAAUCAUUUCUGGAUGAAAAUACUCAAAAUGAUUCCCUGAAAGGAAAUGCAGACAAAGAGGAAAACGUCAGUGAAAGUCAACUGCCUGAGAAGACUGGAGGACAUCAAUCUCUGGAAAAUACACAGUUGAUUAAUCCCUUUAAAGCAUCUGUAAUGCUUGUAGACAAUUCAGAUCCCUAUGAUACAUUAAAACUUUUCAAACCAAAGAAAUCCACUUCGGAUGAAUCCAAAGCAGAGAAAACAGAGCUUCGAAGUAUUGAAAGUACGAUGGAAGAGCAAUCAAUCGAAAUCGAUGUCUUGAAAACCGAUCUCCCUGAAAAGUUUAAACUAAAAGAACGACUUUCGUGUGACGAUAAACGAAUUUACGGGGAAUCAGUUAGUGAUCGAAGUGAUCCCUUGCAUCAGUAUUUAAAUGAAGACGAAUACGAUGCUUUCAGUCAAAUAAGUCCCAAUGGUCAGCGACUAUCAGUAGCAGAUUUACCACUUUUAAAUAAAUUCAAAAAAGCCCUCGAAGGAACGGUUCUCAGCGUCUCUCCCUAUUUGAAAUUUACAAUUCCUUACCUAGAAACGGAACCGGGAAGACAUUGCACUUUGAGAUGUUUCUACCCUAAAGAAAUAUAUUAUUCAAUCUACUUCCAGGAUAAGAUCGAGGGUGCAAGAAUCAGCAGUAUAUCAAAUGAAGUUUCUCAACCUGCGAAUCCUUUGGCUAAUUUGAAACUCAAACCUCGACAUCCAUUUGUGGAAACGAAAUUAACCUCGAGCGCUGAUAGCAGGGAAGUUCAGUCCCUUCUGGCGAACUUCAGAGCCUGUGGUAGUCGAUUAAACGCUUCGAAUAACGAGCCCUUCGAGAAGAAGCGAAUCAGCGUCCAGCAUGAAGCCGUAGAACAGACAUCUUCUUGGCCAGAUUGUUUGGAUCCAGCGAGUCACCAACAUUUGUCCGUUCUCUUUUGCAGCUUUUUUCACAACAGUAACAAUGCUCCCGUCUUUUGCGUGAAUCCUUGGGUGGUGAAUAUGGACCUCUAUGGGAGAAACGAUAUCGCCCUUGGACGAUUUUUGGAAACCUAUUGUCUGACAACUGAGUACAAGUGUCCAGCCGAACGUUGUCGGCAACAAAUUGCUCAACAUGAAAGACGAUUCGCACAUGAUGGGGGCUGUGUUCACAUUACACUGAGUUUAAUGGGCACUGAUCCUUUUGGCCAGGAAAACGCGAAUCAGAUUCUUAUGUGGAGCAAGUGCGAAAAGUGCAAAAGCGUGUCACCAGUUAUUCCGAUGGCGGAAGAUACUUGGUCGCUCUCGUUUGCUAAGUAUUUGGAACUCAGGUUUCACGGUGGGAUGUACACGAGACGAGAUGUCGACUCUUGUCAGCAUUCGCUGCAUCACGAUCACUACCAGUAUUUCGCCAAGAAGAACAUGCUGUCGGUGUUUAAAUAUAACAGGAUAUCACUGUGGGAGAUUUCACUGCCACCGCCCUUGAUCAAUGUGAUUUAUGAACCCAAGCAGUAUGCCAAUGUGAUUGAAGAGAUGAAGAAUGUGGCUUUGAAAGGAGAUGAGGUGUUUUCUAAUAUAAGAGAGAAGCUGAUGACGUUGCCAAUAGAACUGGAGACUUUGAAUCUCUUGAAGCAGCAACUGGGGAAGGAGCAGUUGUACUUCAAGAAUAAGAUUGAAGAAGUUCAGUUAAAAUUGACGUCGCCGACAUUGGAGAAUAAGAAAUUAGAUGGUAAGAAGUCGGAAAAGGAAGUGCAGGCUUUGAUGUACAGGAUAGAGGAUGGUCUAGUAAUAUUGAAAAGACUUAUCUGCGAGGCUGUGACUGAAUGGAAUUUAAAGAUUUUAGAGAUUACGGCUAAGAAGAAGGAUGAGAGGCCGAAAAAGGUCACGGAGAGGUCUUCAACGUCAAAUAGCAUCGGUGUUAUUGAGAGUGAUGGCUACAUUACGGAAGACACUGCCUCCGAAUCACAGAUUGAGGAUCUUAGUCCCAUGUCUGCUGAUUAUAAUGCGAUUGAAGCUAUUUCCACUGUUGUUCAUAAUGAGGCACAAAGUGCUGAUCCGGUUGAUUAUUCGGAUAAUGAGAUUCCGGAGAAUACGAAUCCAGAGGAUAUUGUUGUGAUUCAGGGAUCCCCGAAAAUGUAUCAGAUGCCCUAUUCGGAUGCUUUGCCUGUUACUUCUGAGGAUGUGCCUGAUAAGAAGAAGAAAAAGAAGACUAUUUUGUCGCAACUGUUGCCUACUGCAUCGACGAUCAAUCUGAUUCCGAAUCCUUUGGGGACACUGGAGCAUCAUCUUCUGCCUCUGGGAUCUGUUGUGCCAAUAGUAGUCUAUGAAUCAGAACCUUCAUCGAUAAUAGCUUACGCGCUGGAUUCUCAUGAUUAUAAACACGCUUUGCAAGAACAGUUGAGAACUACAAAAGGACCCGAAUUAAAUCCUAGCCCAAUGAACAAGCGAAAGUUUCCAGAAAACAAAGAUAACUUUUUAGAAGUUAGCCAAUCUGGAGAAUUUAAGCGACCCUCGAUGCUCUCCUUCCUCAGAGGCAAUAGUCCAAAUCCAUCGAGUCCUUUGGAAACUGAUAAAAACGUACCAUCUUCAGAAUAUCUAAAUCCCGUAUCGAGUGCUGUCCCAGAAAUGGAUGAUGAAAAGCGAGCCACAAAGCAACAAAAUUACAUAGAAGUUCAAUUCAACGAUUCAACAACUAAUUUCUACUGCAGGGUUUAUUUUCCUGUUCAAUUCGCCGCACUCCGGGAAAAUGUUCUACCUUGUGGAGAAGAUGGAUAUACGAGAAGUUUAAGCCGAAGUAUCCAAUGGGCAGCACGAGGCGGAAAAAGUGGCAGUGCUUUCUGCAAAACUCGAGAUGAUAGGUUUAUUUUGAAGGAAAUGAACCGCAUGGAUCUGCAAAUAUUCCUGGAUUUUGCACCAAAUUAUUUUGCCUAUAUGGAAAAGUGUCAGCAAACAAAACAACCGACCCUCUUGGGAAAAAUUGUCGGUGUUUAUCGAGUCUCUUUUAAAAACAACACGACGAAUGCAGCUUUGCGAACGAGUGUUUUGGUGAUGGAAAAUCUUUUUUACAACAGAGUGAUUACCGACAAGUUCGAUUUGAAAGGUUCCGUUAGGAAUCGUUUGGUCAAUCCUGAGGAUGUUGACCGAGAAGGAGAACUAGUUUUACUGGAUGAAAACCUUUUAAAUAUGAGUUGCGACUCUCCAUUGUAUAUUCGACCACACUCAAAAGCAGUUUUGAACAAAGCUAUCGAAGAAGAUACCAAAUUUUUGGCAGAUAAUUCUGUAAUGGAUUAUUCGCUUCUAGUCGGGCUGGAACCAAAUACCGAAGAGCUUGCAUUAGGAAUAAUAGAUUAUCUGAGAACGUUCACAUGGGACAAGAAAAUCGAAACAAUGGUAAAAAAACUUGGUGGUCAGGGGCUGCCAACGAUAGUUUCACCAGUAGAAUACCGAUCCAGAUUUAUAGACGCAAUGCAUCGAUACUUCCUCUCUGUCCCCGAUCGCUGGACAGGGUUAGGCCAAGGCAUACAAGCAACUUAGGAUUUUUUUACGUUUGCAUUAAACUUUUAUACAUUUGAAAGAAAAAUUUAUACUCGUACAAAGAAAAACAAAUACUCCCCACCUAUUUCGAGAGAAAAACUUGAAAGAUUUGUAAAUAAGAGUAUUUUUCCGUUUUUUUAUAUUUUCAGUUAUUGUUUUUUAGUUAUUUACACUAUUAAUCUCGUUUUAUGUAUAAAAAAAAACACUCCUCACUUCAUUAACAGGGCUCGGAUCGACUAGAUGACUUUCAACAUGUCGCAUUAGUCACAUACAAUUGAAAAAAGGCGCAUGCAAUUUCAAAAAAGGCCACAAAAAGUCAUUGAAUGACUGAAAUAAUAACUUUAUUUGUUGAGGAUAAUAAGAGUAGAGAAUUAUCAUUGAUUUAAAAAAUAUUCUUUGCAGAAUCAAAAUAAAGUUUAAAAGUUAAAACAAUUUUUAACAAGUCAUUCAGCUUGAAGAAUUCUGAAUCUGCAUGAAAAAUAUUUCUUUUUUUUUACUGUUAAACUUUAUAACUCGGAUUAUUUUUAAAUGAAAGAAGUUUAUAAAUUGUAUUAAUUUUUAUCUUCGGGAAAAUUCGUUUUAACAUUCUAAACUUGAUAUUCAUUUUUUAAUCAUUUAAAUUUUACAGUGCAGAAUUCUCUUGAAACAGAGGAAAUAGGAUUUUUUUUCACGAAGAUAGGGGAAUAAAUUUUAUAAAAAUAAAGUUACUAUAAAAGUAAUAUUGCCUUCAGCAUAAAACUCUUUGAAUUCCUAAGAUUUUAGGUAGAAAUAUUGUUAUCAAACUUGUUGAAUUUUCAACUCAAGACGAAUUUUUAAUAGGAGUUGAGUUUCCACGCUGAAAAAUCGUAUGAUUUAGGAAACAGUUGGAUUUAAAUAAUCGAAAUCAAUUUUCAAUGAAAUAAUUGAAUUAAAAGAAAAAUAUCAUAAUUUUUAACAAAACUUUUAAGCAAAGGAAACGAGU